ACUAGUACAACUCGUUUUUCUACUAGAUUCUAGUUUCGUCAACUUUGCAGGGUCCUGCAGUUUCUCUGUCAUCGCACCUUUUUUUCCAAAAGAGGCUCUCCAAAGAGGAGCCUCACAAGUGACCGUGGGUUUUGUUUUUAGCUGCUUUGCAAUAGUCAGCUUUAUAUCUGCCCCAAUCUUUGGAAAAUAUAUCACAUAUAUAGGGUCCAGGUUCAUGUUGAUAACCGGGAUGUUUGUAGGUGGGUGCUGCUCUCUGAUGUUCGGAUUUUCAGAAUACAUUGAGGGAACUAGCUUUGUAGUUUACUGUUUCGUGACCAGGACACUGGAGGCUUUUGGAGUGUCUGCCUACAUCACGGCAGGAGUAGCCAUCCUGACUCACGCAUUCCCAAACAACGUGGCUAAAGUCAUGGGCGCUCUGGAAGGGUUCAACGGUAUCGGUUUGAUGUCAGGGCCUGCUCUGGGGGGACUGUUAUACGACAUCGGAGGUUAUAAGAUGCCGUUCCUGCUGGUUGGAGGAGUGAUGCUGUGUUCGGGUGUGGUUGUGUGGAUCCUGCUGCCUAAGCAAGAUGAUGAGAAAGAGGAAGAAAAGCAGACCACAUCAGCUUUACUGUCCUUCCUCAGGGUUCCAACCAUCGCCCUGACUUGUGGACUGACGAUGGUGACGUCAUGUAACAUGUCCUUCCUCCAACCCAUCUUAGAGCCUUACCUGUCAGACCAGUUCAAAACAAGCCCGACCAGCAUAGGCUUGAUUUUCGUGCUAUGGGGCGGUGUGUACACACUAGCAGCACCUGUCUGGGGCUUCCUUGCUGAUAGGAAGAAAGCAGCCCGGUUGAUGAUAAUUGGAGGGAUGUCUGUGCUGACUGUGUCAGUACUGAUGAUAGGUCCCUCCCCUCUCCUGGCAGACUACCUCCACAUACUACCCGUGUAA